AUGAACGGUUGGAGCCGGGCAGCGACGGUGGGGGACGGGGCGGUCAAUUUCACAUCAGCCCACCUCUGGUUGGACCUCGUGAACGCCUCGAGCCCGUCGACCCGGUGGGACAGCAGCCUGACGCCCCCCGGGGCCGGCCUGGACGAGCAGCGGAGCCUCAGGGAGCGAGCCUACCGGGACUUCAGCACCACGGUCCAGGUCUUCAUCCUCAUCGGGUCUCUGCUGGGAGAGAUUUUUAUAGGCUGCAUCAGCAUGACUGGAUUCAGAUACUACUCAGUGCUGUAUCCACUAGAGAGGAAAAUCUCUGAUGCACGAUCUCGAGAUUUGGUCAUCUACAUCUGGGUCCACGCAGUCGUGGCUAGCCUACCUGUGUUUGCCGUGACCAACGUUACAGAUCUGUACGUCACCUCUUCCUGCUCAGAAGACCACGCGCACUCUCUGGGUCACAUGGUCUAUGUUCUGAUAUACAACAUCACCACGGUGAUCUUCCCCCUGGCUCUAGUCUUUCUCUUCAUGCUCCUAAUCCGCAGAGCGCUCAGUGCUAGCCAGAAAAAGAAGGUGAUCAUUGCGGCGCUGCGGACUCCUCAGAACAGUAUCUCCAUCCCGUACGUGUCUCAAAGAGAAGCGGAGCUCCACGCUACCCUUCUGGCUGCUGUGCUGGCUUUCUCCGCUUGUAGCGCUCCCUACGGAGCCCUGGUGGUUUACCGCACCAUUUUGGCAGACCCUAAGGAGCUGCCCGCCUCGUUAUACCUCACUGCCCUCUGGCUUCCAAAAGUGUCCCUCCUCACUAACCCCGUCCUGUUUCUGACUGUUAACCGCUCAGCACGGCACUGCUGCCUGGAGCUGCUGUCCAGAAUUCAAAGGCGUUACAGUCGCCGGAACGUGGUAAGCACCGGGGGUCUGUCCUCUUUAGGCGGUGAUGGGGUAAUCGGGGAGCCGGUGGGACUGGAGACUGCUGGUCGUUCAGGGAGCCAGCUUCUAGAGAUGUUUAACAUCGGCCAGCAGCAGAUCUUCAGGCCUGAGGAUGAAGAAGAAGAGGAUGCAGAGAAUGAGAUCCCCUCACGUGACUUCAGAGGCGAAGUGCAAACAACAAAGCAGUCAGGAGGGGGGCUUGUCAUUACCAAAGAAGUCCCUUCUUCACUUCCUCGGGCUUCUCCCAUUCACACAUGUGCAUACGCCUCCUCGUCACAGGUGGCGCCUGCUACACCUGCUACACCAAUAGAGGCAGAGGACUCAACACAGUUUGGGUUCGGACCGUUUGAACUGCCACCUCAGUGGUUACCCGAGACCAGGAACAGCAAGAAAAGACUUCUGCCUCCACUGGGUAACACUCCGGAGGAACUGAUUCAGACCAAACUGCCCAAGCAGCGGCCUGAACGUCGGAUCAGCAGGAACAACAAGGUCAGCACGAUUCCCGUUGUGGAUCCAUGA